UAGCAAGUACGGAGGCGGAUAGCGGCAGUACCAUUUAUAAUUUACUUGUUAAAAGUACUCGAGGUGUUUUUUAACGCGAUAAUAAAAAAUGAUUACUUGGACAAACAUCAAGUUGUGCGUUAUGCAAUUUAUAUUGCUAAUAUUCGACUCGUAUUCUAGCGAAAUAGUUAUAGAACUGCCACAAGGCAAAAUCAGGGGAUUGACGGAAAAAACUCGAGAAGGUACCACUUACCAUUCCUUCCUCUCUUUGAGGUACGCGAAAGCUCCCGUUGGCUCGCUACGUUUUGAACUUCCUCAGCCAGUUGAUUCGUGGACCAACAUCUAUAAUGCCACUGAAGAAAAAUACAUUUGCCAUCAAGUGGGCACUGACAGUGACUUAGAAAAUGAAGAUUGCCUAUUUAUCAAUGUGUUUACACCCAAGGACCUCACAUCAGCAAAUAUCACUGCUGAUCUGCCGAUCAUGGUAUUCAUCCACGGCGGAGGAUUCGUAUCCGGAGCGGCUUACAAAUCGAACGGAUUUGGACCCAACUUUUUUAUGGACUACAAUGUUAUAUUGGUGUCGUUCAACUACAGACUGGGUCCUUUCGGGUUCCUCUCAACGGGCGACCAAUUACUGCCGGGCAAUUUGGGUCUUAAAGACCAAAUCGCUGCGUUGAAGUGGAUUCGAAACAAUGCCGCUCAUUUCGGCGGCGAUCCUUACAAAGUAACAAUAUUUGGAGAGAGUUCCGGCGGAGCUUGUGUUGGCUAUCUCAUUUUGAGUCAGCAAGCUGAAGGGCUAUUUCGAGCCGCUAUAAUGCAAAGCGGUUCCGCUCUGAGUCCAUUAGCGUAUCAGAGGAAUCAAACCAACAUAACGUGGCUGACUGCGGGUCAGUUGGAGCCGUCCCUUCCGGCGAGACGUAAUUCCACAGAAUUGUUGGAGUAUUUGAAAACAGUACCCGCUUCACAGCUAGAUGCGGCGUCAUUUAACGUAACGAACUUACUGACUUCGACGGGAAACGUCCCGUUAUCGAAAGGCUUCUUCUACGCCCCAGUGAUUGAAAAGGACCACAAACAUGUCUUCAUCACCGACAAAAUGUAUGGACUUUUGCAAGAAGGUCGUUUUAACAAAGUACCCAUCGUCGCGGGCAUCAACUCCGAUGAAGCCCUAGCGUUGUUAAAUAACGGCGAUUUCGUGAACGCGAUUUCGAAAGACUACGACUAUAACCCUAAGUUUUUGGUACCGUUCGACAUGCACGUAACCGACGAGAGCCUCAAAGAGCACAUCGGGGAGUUAAUUAAGCAGUUUUACGCAAACGGUGCGAGUUUUGAAGACGACCCCGUUUUCGCGAUUCACUUUCACAGCGGACACGAUCUCGAGAAGCCCGUCAUAAAACAGGCGGAAUUACAAUCGAAAUAUGUACCCGUGUACUUCUACGAAUUCGGAUAUAGCGGUCCAAUGGGCAACAAUGUGUACGCCACCUUAGCGGGUACCAGUAAUGUAAGUCAUGGCGAGGAACUAAAUUACCUCUUUAGUCGGUAUUACAAUGCCGACAUUCCUGACAAUACGGAACUGUCGCUCUUUCCCGAGAACGAUCAGCGGGUGCACCAAAGACUGAUGACAUUAUGGACCAACUUCGCGAAAUAUCUGGACCCCACGCCGACACGAGACCCCAAUUUACAAUAUAUCGUCUGGUCAAGGGCGCAACGGCAACAUUUUAGAUAUUUAAAAAUAACAACGAAUCUGGACGUGAAGUGGGGACUACCCAAGCAUGCGAGCUACAGAUUUUGGCACAUGCUGUUUGACAGAUAUGCUGUGAAACCAUACGACAGUUAUUGAUUUUCCUGUUUUUCUUGACAAGUGUUUGCUUAACAUGCUUCCGACUGUUAGGACGUGGUCUAUUGCUUUUGCUACGAAAGCUUUCUGCUACAGCGGCAGCCAUCCUCAGUGGACCGUAGAUUGUAGCGCGACCGCUGU